AAGAACCACAAUCAUGGAUCCCAAGACAAGAAAGCUUGGGGGAUCUCUGAAAGUUCCUUUUGUCCAAGAGUUGGCUAAGGAAAAUCCCUCUUCUGUUCCAACUCGUUACGUACGCCCCGACAAUGACCAAUAUCCAACCAUCUCGAACGGUGGUUCUUUCCACCAAAUACCAGUUGUGGAUAUGCAAAACUUGUUUAGUUCUGCUGAGGAGGUAAGUGAUUUGGAGCUUCAGAAGCUGCAUUCUGCUUGCAAGGAGUGGGGUUUUUUCCAGCUGAUUAAUCAUGGAGUUAGCUCUUCAUUGGUGGAGAAAUUGAAAUCAGAAGUUCAAGAUUUUUUCAAUCUGCCGAUGGCUGAAAAGAGCAAAUAUGGUCAAGAACCAGGAGAUGUAGAAGGAUAUGGGCAGGCCUUUGUCAAAUCAGAGGAGCAAAAGCUUGACUGGGCUGACAUGUUAUACAUGAUCACUCAACCAGAAGAUUUAAGGAAACCUCAUUUAUUCCCCAAGCUGCCUCUUCCUCUAAGGGAAAGUCUUCAUGAGUACUCUAUAGAGCUCAAAAGUCUUGCCUUGAAGAUUCUCAACCUAAUAGCAAAAGCAUUAGGAAUGAAACAUGAAGAAAUUGAAGUGCUUUUUGAAGAAGGGUUGCAAUCCAUGAGGCUGACUUACUAUCCUCCAUGUCCUCAACCUGAGCUGGUCAUAGGCCUCUGCCAUCACUCUGAUCCUGUUGGCCUCACCAUUUUACUUCAAAUCAACGAUGUACAAGGUCUCCAAAUCAAGGAAAAUGAAGCUUGGGUUCCUGUUCUUCCACUUCCUAAUGCUUUUAUAGUCAACGUUGGUGAUAUCCUAGAGAUUAUAACCAAUGGAGCUUACAAGAGUGUGGAGCAUCGAGCAAUUGUAAACUCACAAAAGGAAAGACUUUCAAUUGGUACGUUUACUUUCCCAAAAUUGGAUGGUGAUCUAGGUCCAGCACCAAGUCUCAUCAAUCCUGAAAAUCCAGCAAAGUUUAGCAGAGUCCUCAUGGUGGACUAUUUGAAAAGACUAUAUUCUCGUGAAUUAGAUGGGAAAUCAUAUAUCGAUACGAUGCGAAUUUAAGCGAAGAUAAUGUCUAUUAUGUUGCAGGUUGAAAUGAAAGAUGUGGUUAUGUAUAUGCUCCUUAAAAAAUUGUUGUUUGGUGGUUAUCUGAUCUUUGUUGGAUAAAAAACAAUUAUCAAUUUGUUGGUGUCUCUCUAAGCAAGAUCUUGUUUGCCUA